UCUUUCAUGUAUUAUUCACCUUUUCAUUCAGUCAUCUCAUUAUUAUCUAUUCCCUUCUUUCUCUGUUUUUCACUCUGUUUAUUAUUAAUUGAUCAUCAUCAACAUCAUAAAAAAACACAUGAAAUUAAGUUUCUCAAAAUAAUAAAAACAUGUCAAAAUCUUUGGAACUCCCUGAUUGUAUCUAUCCAUGUCACCCAGUAACUAAUAUUGCACCAAGUGCUCCAACUCCAAAACAUUCUCUCUAUCUUUCUAAUCUUGAUGACCAAAAGUUCCUUAGAUUUUCCAUUAAGUAUUUAUACAUCUUCAAGAAAUCUGUGAGCUUGAAUCGUUUGAAAUCUUCUCUGUCUAGAGUUCUCGUGGAUUAUUACCCUUUAGCUGGAAGAUUGAGGAGAUCUUUCUCUUUGGAUGAUCACAAGCUUGAAGUAGAUUGCAAUGGAGAAGGUGCUGUUUUUGUUGAGGCUUUUAUGGAUAUCACUGCUGAAGCAUUAAUUGAACCUUCUAAGUUACCAAAUAAGUCAUGGAGGAAGUUUUUGUAUAAGGUGGAAGCUCAGAGUUUCUUAGAUGUUCCUCCUCUUAUAGUUCAGAUAACAACUCUCCGUUGCGGGGGAAUGAUUAUGUGCCUCGCAAUCAACCACUGUCUAUGUGAUGGCAUUGGCACAUCUCAAUUUCUACAUGCUUGGGCACAACACAACACUACAACUCAAGCUGAAUUGACCAUUACACCCUUCCAUUCACGACACAUGUUGAAGCCACGUCACCCCCCAAUAGUAAAUUACCAUAGUCCAGGAUACACCAGAACAGAACUAACCCCUCAAGUGAACCUCCUCAAGUUAUUACAGUCACAACCCUUAGUACCCACAUCAUUCACCUUUAAUCCCUCCAAUAUUCUCAAUCUGAAGAAACAAUGUGUACCGUCACUAAAAUGCACUACUUUUGAAGUAGUUGCGGCACACACGUGGCGCUCUUGGAUUCGAUCAAUGAACUUAUCCUUACCCUCUAAUUUAGUAGUGAAACUUCUUUUCUCUGUUAACGUCCGCACCGUAUUAAACCUACCAAAGGAAUAUUACGGAAAUGGGUUUCUAUUAGCGUGUGCGGAAAGUACUAUAGAAGACUUAAUUGAGAAUAACUUGCACCAUAGUGUGAAAUUAGUGCAAAAGGCCAAAUCAACUGUGAAUGAUGAGGAAUACAUAAGAUCAACGAUUGAUUUAUUGGAGGAUAAGAUGGUAAAAACCGACGUUUCAACCACUUUGGUUAUAUCACAGUGGUCUAAAUUAGGGCUGGAAAUGGUGGAUUUUGGAGAAGGGAAAUCAUUGCACAUGGGUCCUUUAACAAGUGAUGUUUAUUGCUUGUUUUUACCGGUUAUUGCCGGUGAUGCUAAUGAUGUGAGAGUGCUUCUGUCUGUGCCAGAUAGUAUGGUUCAAACUUUUCAAUAUCAAAUGAAUAAAAGCUGGGAAGAGGAAAAAGAAAAUGGAUAUCAUAAGCAUCAAAAUCCACUUUUCUAAAGAUGUUACGCUUUUCCUUUUUAUUUUUUUUACUUAAUUAUGAGGUUUUAUUGCUUUCUUUGCAAGAAAUCAAUUUGUGUAAUUCAAUUUUAGUGUAUAAAAUACGAAAAAUAUACCACUAAAUUGAGUGUGUGAUAAACAUAAUUUUUUUUAGAAAAGUGGAACCACUCAAGAAUUUCAUAAAACAAAACAUUAAAAUAGAAAAAGAAAAAAAAUGCACAAUCUUGGGUGAAGUAUUUCAACAUUGUCAUUCA